AAUUGCUAUUUUUAUGUUGUUCUAAGCCGUGAUUUCAUAAUUGCAUCUGCAAGCUGUCCCCUUUCUGUGCGCGCCUGCCCCUCGGUGCGUCCAUGUGGAGCUCAGGCGGGGAGGAGAGGAUGCUGCUGUUGGGAGAGACAACCAGUUGCGCUCAGCCUGAGAGUGGAGUCUCCCCUCCUUCCAAGCACCGAGGGAUGAGCUUCCUCGACCUGUUGCCUCAUUUCGACUUGCAGUAAAGCUGCUCUUUUUUUUGUUGUUGCGCAGACUGGAAAGGAAGUAGUGGAUUUUUCUCUGAAGGUGGGAGGCUGAGGACAGUGCCAUGAGACGGACCAAUGUAUUCGUCUUUCAUUUACGUUGUGAAUAGCAGAAGGAAGAGUAGCGGAGUUGUUGGUUCCAGGAGCCACCUUCUCGGUCCGGAGGUGCGGUUUGCGGUGCUAUUUCUCUCCAGCUCCGUUUUUUUGAGGGAGGUGAACCAUGGUUGAACUUGAAAAGGAGGUGCUCCCGUUGCCCCCUCGGUACCGGUUCCGAGACCUGUUGCUCGGGGACUGGCAGACUGAUGACAGGGUGCAGGUGGAGUUCUAUGUGAAUGAGAACACUUUCAAGGAGCGUCUGAAGCUCUUCUUCAUCAAAAACCAAAGAUCCAGUCUGCGAGUGCGAAUGUUCAACUUUGCUCUGAAGGUGCUGAGCUGCCUCCUCUAUAUCGUCAGAGUCCUGCUUGACAACCCACAAGAGGACAGGCAGGACUGUGGCAACGGAGUCAACUGCACCAAGCAGAACACAUCAACCCGUCCCUGGAGUGAAUUUGACUGGAAACUCAUCAUCUGGGUUGACAGACCUCUACCGCUGUGGGCGCUGCAGGUGCUUGUGGCUUUCAUCAGCUUUUCAGAAACUAUGUUGCUCGUAUAUCUCAGCUACAAGGGAAACGUUUGGGAGCAAGUCCUACGUGUUCCAUUCAUUUUGGAGAUGAUCAGCACCGUUCCCUUCAUGAUCACUGUGAUUUUGCCCUCCUUGAGAAAUCUUUUCAUCCCUGUAUUUCUGAAUUGCUGGUUGGCCAAACAUGCUUUGGAGAACAUGAUAAACGAUCUCCACAGGGCGAUCCAGCGGACACACUCAGCCAUGUUUAAUCAGGUCGUGAUUCUGAUCAGCACACUCGUCUGUCUCAUGUUUACAUGCAUCUGCGGCAUCCAGCACCUGGAGCGAGCUGGAAACAACCUGACCCUCUUUGACUCGCUCUACUUCUGCGUGGUCACGUUCUCCACCGUGGGCUUUGGCGACGUCACGCCGCAGAUAUGGCCCUCACAGCUACUGGUGGUCAUCAUGAUCUUCGUGGCACUCAUCGUGCUUCCAAUCCAGUUUGAACAGCUGGCCUUUCUGUGGAUGGAGCGGCAGAAAUCCGGAGGCAACUACAGCCGCUACAGGGCGCAGACGGAGAAACACGUGGUGCUGUGUGUCAGCUGCCUCAAGAUUGACCUCCUCAUGGACUUCCUCAACGAGUUCUUUGCUCACCCUCGGCUUCAGGACUACUAUGUGGUAAUCCUUUGCCCUGCUGAGAUGGACGUCCAGGUUAGGAGGGUCCUUCAUGUUCCUCUUUGGGCUCUGAGAGUCAUCUACCUGCAGGGGUCUGCCCUCAAAGAUCAAGACCUUAUGAGGGCCAAGAUGGACGAUGCUGAGGCCUGCUUUAUCCUCAGUAACCGGUUUGAAGUGGACCGCAUUGCUGCUGACCAUCAAACCAUCCUCCGAGCCUGGGCAGUCAAAGACUUUGCUCCAAACUGCCCCCUGUACGUCCAGAUUCUGAAGCCGGAGAACAAGUUCCACGUCAAGUUUGCAGAUCAUGUGGUGUGCGAAGAGGAAUUUAAGUACGCCAUGCUGGCUUUAAACUGUGUAUGCCCUGGUACCUCCACUCUUAUUACUCUAUUGAUUCACUCCUCCAGAGGACAAACUACACCCCAAGAGGCCUUCAAGCAACGUGCCGGAGCUUUUCAAGCCCUUAACAGGGAUGGCAGCGCAGGUUCACCAGACCAGUGGCACCGAACGUAUAGACGCUGCUCAGCCAACGAGGUGCAUCACAUUCGUCUGGAAGAAAGUAAAUUCUUUGGAGAAUACCAAGGAAAGAGUUUCACUUUUGCAUCCUUUCAUGCACAUAAAAAGUUUGGGGUCUGUUUGAUUGCAGUGCGGAGACUGGACACCACAAACAUCCUGCUGAAUCCUGGACCGUGCCACAUCAUGGGGGCUUCUGACACAUGCUUCUACAUCAACAUAUCAAAAGAGGAGAACUCGGCAUUUGUCAGGGGUCAGAGGGAACCGUCCUGGGGAGGCACGGGAGGAAACUCAAGAGGAGUCCACCAAAGUAUCUACCAUGGACUCACCCGCCUGCCUGUGCACAGCAUCAUCGCCAGCAUGGGCACCGUUGCCAUUGACCUGCAGGACUCCAGUGACAGCAGCCCAGAGGGCCAGGACCCCGGAGGCACAAGCCUCGGCAGCGGCAGAGGGAGCAGAAGCAGCUCCAGGGUAGAGAUCGGGGGUGCAAACACCUUGGCUCUGCCCGUCAUGGGAGAUUCAGGGGACGAAAGACGACACAGCAUCGCGCCGGUCCUGGAGCUGGUAGACGGAGUCAACAACUCAACCUUUGACCUGCUGGGGGAGCAGUCGGAGGACGAAGGAGGAGAGGAAGGCAAGGAUGACGGCGAUAAAGAUGAAAGCGCCCACUGGUGGGGUCGACACUGCGAGUGGGUGAAGGGAUACCCGCUGAACUCUCCGUAUAUCGGCAGCUCACCUGCACUUUGCCAUCUUCUCCAAGAAAAAAUGCCUUUCUGCUGCCUGCGCAUGGAUAAGCCUUGUCCCCACAUCCCUUUUGAGGAUGCACGUUCCUACGGCUUCAAAAACAAAUUGAUCAUUGUUUCUGCGGAGAGCGCAGGAAAUGGUCUGUACAACUUCAUUGUGCCUCUUCGGGCUUACUACCGAACAAGGAAGGAGCUCAAACCCAUCGUGCUGCUGCUGGAGAGCAUACCUGAAGCUGAUUUUCUGGAAGCCAUCUGUUGGUUCCCAAUGGUCUUCUACACAGUGGGCUCCAUUGAAAAUCUGGACAGCCUUCUGCGAUGUGGAAUCACUUUUGCAGACACGAUGGUGGUGUUUGACAAAGAGAGCUCCAUGAUUGCAGAGGAGGACUACAUGGCUGACGCCAAAACGAUUGUUAACGUCCAGACACUGUUCAGACUGUUUCCAGCUCUUAGUAUCAUCACAGAGCUCACACAUCCUGCAAACAUGCGGUUCAUGCAGUUCAAAGUCAAAGAUCACUAUUCCUUGGCUUUGUCCAAACUGGAAAAGAAGGAAAGAGAGAAGGGCUCCAACCUGGUCUUUAUGUUCCGCCUGCCAUUUGCCGCCGGAAAGGUGUUCAGCGUUAGCAUGCUGGACACUCUCCUCUACCAGUCAUUUGUGAAGGACUACAUGAUCUCCAUCACCAGGCUGCUGCUGGGGUUAGACUCCAUGCCUGGCUCAGGCUUCCUCUGCGCCAUGAAGAUCACAGAGGACGACCUGUGGAUUCGCACCUACGGGAGGCUCUAUCAGAAACUAUGUUCCUCCACAGGAGACAUUCCUAUAGGCAUCUACCGGACAGAGGCCCACAAGCUUCCAGUGUCUGAGUCCCAGGUAUCCAUCACUGUUGAAGACUACGAGGACACCAGAGAACCCAGAGAGCCCCUCCUGUCCCGCACCGGCGCUCACCGUAACUCCACCUCCUCAGAGCCCGUCUCCACCUCCUCCCACUCCUCGGACCACCCGCUGCUCCGGAGGAAGAGCAUGCAGUGGGCGAGACGGCUGAGCAGGAAGGGGGGCCGGGGAUCGAGUGGAGCCAAAGGUGGCCCGGGCAGCGCGGCGGAGCGGAUCAGCCAGCAGAGGCUGAAUCUGUUCAGGCGCUCAGAACGACAGGAGCUCAAUUCACUGGUGCGAACGAGGAUGAAACAUUUGGGCCUUUCUCCAACUGGGUUUAAUGGGAUGACAGACCAAGGCAACAGGCUGUCGUACAUCCUCAUCAACCCCUCUCCAGACACCAGGCUCGACCUGCACGACGUUGUGUACCUGAUAAGACCAGACCCCCUCUCCCUGGUGCCCAAUCAAGGAAGCAGCAGGAAGUGCAGUGCUGGACUAUCAGAGAGCCACAGGUUUGAUACGCAGGAUAGCACCCACCUGUGAAGGAGAAAAGACUAAACUCAGAACACUGCCAGGAAGAAAGGGACCAGCAUCAAUACAGUCACGAAGGAGAAAUCCACAGCGAAAAGAAAAGAGAAGGCUCAGAACCUCUGUGUUUUCAGAAUCAGAGUUUUCUGUGCUGGGCACACAUGGACCUUUUCUACACUGACUGGAAAAUGUUAUUUAUGCACCUUCCUUUUUUUUCAGCUGAGAACUGCGGACACAGAAGUGCAUUUAAUGAAAAGCUACAUGUACUUAUAUCUGUUGCUGUGCAUGUUAGUACUGCAUCAUGUACUGUAUCCACAGAGAGCAUGUGCAGGGCCAAAGGUAUUCACAUCCCCUUGAAGUUUUUCUCAAUCUGCCUCAUUACGACCACAAACAUCAACGCAGCUUACUGAGGAAAUGAGUUUAGCAGUAGAGCUCAGAUCACUACACUCCCAUACCCCAAAAUAAAUCUCAAAGUUUAAAAGUGUGUAAUUCAGUCCCUGUAUUAAUGAGGCAGCUGCGUAAAAGACCCUUAGCUCAUUUGGGAAACAUCAGAGAAUAAACACCAAAACAUGUGAUGACCAAGGAGCACAGCAGAAAGAAGAUAAGAUAGAUCAAAUUUUGAAUAACUUUGAAGGAGUUAGAUUAUUAAACAAUACUCUAAUUUUCCAACAUAUCAGCACUGAUCAGUCUAUGAUCUGACAGACGUGAGAAUGUGGCGUAAUCGCAGGGAAGACUGCUAAAUGCACAAGGUAACUUUGGAAGAGCUGCAGGAGUCAACAACUCAGGUGGGAAAACCGUUUGGAUAGACAACUAUUAGUCCUGCUCUCUGCAAAUCUGGUAUUUAUCGACUAGGGGGAAGAAAGACAUGAUUGUUACAAGAAAACAGUAAGAAGCCUUUUUUAUAGUUCUCCACAAGUCAUGUAGAAAUCCCAGCAAACCUGUGGAAAAAGGUGUUCUAUUCAAAUGACACCCCAAGCUGAACGUUUUGGCUCACAGCGUACAAAUGCAAACACAGAUCACCUUGAACUUUCAGUAUCUCUAUCUGAAACAUGAUGGGAACAGUAUUAUGCUGUGGAGAUGAUUUCCUUAACAGAAACAUGAAGGUGUCAGAGUUAAAGAGAAGAAGGAUGGAGCUAAAAAGAGGACAGUCUAUGAAGGAAAUUUGCUGGAGACUUGGGUAGAGAUUACAAAAGGACAAAUCGGUGAAAAGUUUUACAACUGGUUUCACAAAUGGGCAAAAUUACAAAUGAAUGUCACACUUUUUACAUUUGCAUUUGCAAAAUAUCUUCCAUUCUACGUACCUCGUUCCUUUAAAUGUAUAAUUAUCACAUAAAAGCUCAAUAAAAUAAGAAAUUUGUGGUUGUAAUUUGAGAAAGUCUGGAGGUGUUUAAGGGUUGUGAAUUCCUUUGCAAGGCACUGGGCAUACAGUGGCAUGCAAAAGUUCGGGCACAUAUACUUAAUGUUUCAGUUUCUCUUAAUAAUUAAGUGAGUCAAAAGUGAGUCUUGGGAUCCAGUGUCCAUAUUUUAAGAGCAGAUGAUGGAAAUUUAAAAUCGUUCAAUUUUCUGGCCUUUAAAAAUAAGAUAAGCAAUUUCCGUAAAGCAGAAAUAUAUCAUUGGGAUAGCAUGAACUGUGGUACUCAGGUUGUUUUUCCUCCCCUCAACAGAUUACUAAUUGAAGUGACCAGAAUUGUGUGUGCCAUAUGUAUAGUGUGUCUAAGCAUGUGAAUGGAUAUGUACAUGUAGUCACAAAGCCUGAGCGAGACACUGCCAAUUUUAUGUGGACUGCCAAAGGAAUCUGUUGCCAAAUGAGCAUCAAGGAAAUGUGUGUGGUGUCCUUUAAGGUGUUUUGUCUUCUUCUGUGUCUUUUAGCAUUUUUCAUCAAAGCCAACACCCCUCUGAUUCAUAUUUUUGUUUCUACGCUCACCAGCAGCGAAAGGAUCCAAAGAGCUCCAGUCUCAGUUAUGGACACGUUUAGACUCCAAGCUUUACAUCGUCACUGUCGGGCAGUCGUGUUACUCUCCGGAGCAUUUCUUUGCUUACGUGAGCUCUCUUGCAACAAGUCUGACCUGAAGUCAUUUAAUUUCCACUUUUAUUCCUUAAAUCCUCCACUUUCCAGCCGUCCUGCCACCAGCUUAUUUUUGUUGAUGUGUAAUGAACGGACAAAACAGUUUGGACAUAAUACACUGUAAUAUAAAAGCACUUAUGCCAACAGCUCUGCAGUACACACCUCUUUUUGAAAAGCUUUUCAUGUAUAUUGGAGACCAUUUCAAAGGGGUGUUUAUUCAGCUUUCAGUUUAGAACGAUGAAUGAAAAUAAAGUUUAAAUGUAUUUAUUGCUAUGAAUUUUCACUUAUAUUAAAUAUUAAUUUUUUAAUUUAGAUUUUUUUUAAUGUUAGAGGUGGGUUUCAGUCAAAAAGCCCUCAUAUUUCUCUAAAAAAUGAAAACAAACUAUUCACAUCCAUUAAUUCAUAGCCUGUCAGACCAAAUCAAUCUGUUUUAUCAAAGUAAAUCAUUUGGAAAGCUGUUUUGUUAUCAAAGGCAUUUGAGGAAAAGUCUAAAUGAGACUAUUCACACAGCAAUGGAGGAACUCACACUGACAUUGUCAAAACAACAACUGUAGAUUCACUGCAAUCAUAGCAGAAAAAAUAUGUACAUAUUAAAAUCACGUAUUACUUGU